AUGCCGUCGUCAGACUACACAAACGCCAUCGGCGGCGGGCUGAAACUCAAGGGAGCGGGCGGCGUGGACAAGAAGAAGAAAAAGAAGAAGGACAAGCCGAAGGCCACAGACGAGGCAGAGGAUGGUUCGAAGGCUGUUGUCGAGAAGGAUGAUGCAGAGACCUCGGCGACUCAGCGUGCGCUCGCAGACGAGGAAGGCGAUGAAGCGCACACCGAGGCCGUGAAGGAGACGGAGUCGGAAACGAAGCAGUACGGCAAGACGGAGGCUCAGCGACGACAUGAGGAGAGGCGGCGGAAACGGCUCGACGAGCGUCUCAAGCGUGAAGGCGUCAAGACGCACAAGGAGCGCGUGGAGGAGCUCAACAAAUACUUGUCCAACCUCAGCGAGCACCACGACAUGCCGCGCAUCGGGCCUGGCUAA